AUGUUUCCCCGGUUGGUCUGCAUCAAUGACUAUGAACAACAUGCUAGGUCAGUGCUUCAGAAGUCAGUGUAUGAUUACUACAGGUCUGGGGCAAAUGAUCAGGAGACCUUGGCUGACAAUAUUACAGCAUUUUCCAGAUGGAAGCUCUACCCGCGGAUGCUCCGGAAUGUUGCUGACAUCGAUCUGUCAACUUCUGUUUUAGGACAGAGAGUCAGCAUGCCAGUAUGUGCCGGGGCAACAGCCAUGCAGUGCAUGGCGCAUGUGGAUGGGGAGCUGGCUACUGUUAGAGCCUGUCAAGCCCUAGGAACUGGGAUGAUGCUGAGUUCCUGGGCCACCUCCUCAAUUGAAGAGGUGGCAGAGGCUGGUCCCAAGGCACUUCGCUGGCUACAGCUGUACAUCUACAAGGACCGCGAAGUCACCAAGCAGCUAGUGAAGCGAGCUGAGCAGAUGGGUUACAAGGCCAUAUUUGUGACCGUGGACACCCCUUACCUGGGCAACCGCCUAGAUGAUGUGCGUAACAGGUUCAAGCUGCCAUCACAACUUAGGAUGAAAAAUUUUGAAAGGAAUGACUUGGCAUUUUCUCCUCAGGGAAAUUUUGGAGACAACAGUGGUCUUGCUGAAUAUGUGGCAAAAGCAAUAGACCCAUCUCUCAGCUGGAAUGAUAUUCAGUGGCUUAGACGGCUGACAUCGCUGCCUAUUGUUGCAAAGGGCAUAUUGAGAGGUGAUGAUGCCAGGGAGGCAGUGAAAUGUGGUGUUGAUGGGAUUUUGGUGUCCAAUCAUGGUGCUCGACAGCUGGAUGGGGUACCAGCCACUAUUGAUGCUCUGCCAGAAAUUGUGGAGGCUGUGGAAGGGAAAGUAGAAGUCUUUCUGGAUGGUGGUGUGAGGAAAGGCACUGAUGUUCUCAAAGCUCUGGCUUUGGGUGCCAAGGCUGUAUUUGUGGGGAGACCUAUCAUCUGGGGCUUGGCUUUCCAGGGGGAGAAAGGUGUUCAAGAUGUCCUUGAGAUACUAAAGGAAGAAUUCCGACUGGCUAUGGCUCUGAGUGGGUGCCAGAAUGUGAAAGUCAUUGACAAGACAUUGGUGAGGAAAAAUCCUUUGGCUGUUUCCAAGAUCUGACAGUGCACAAUAUUUUCCCAUCUGUAUUAUUUUUUUCCGCAUGUAUGACUUGACAAAGAGACACUGUGCAGAGGGUGACCACAGUCUGUAACUCUCCACUUUCAUACAAAGGGUGUCGUUCUUCUCCCACAAAAUAGUGAUCCCUUUUCGUUCAUUGCUUUUGACUUUUCAAUGUGUG